AGGGCACGCAGAAGGGGCUAAGUCUUGAUGUUGAGAUUGCCUGUGAAAUGAUAGAAGAGGGGCUGUUGUGGAGAGGGUAGCAAGCAAGGUAGUUUAUCUUUGAAGGAACUAUUUUAGAGAGACUGAAGAACAACAGGGUAAAUAUUUGGGGGAUGCAAAAAUACUUGGAAGGAAAACUCUGACUUAAGAGUAUGGUGAUAGGAAGUGAAGAUGCCUAAGCAGACUCCGGAGAUACUGAAAGAUGGCUUGAUAGUGGAAAACAUGCAUGAUCUUCCUUACACGACUUCUGUUGGGCCAGAAAUAACAGCAGCAAUGACAGUCAUUAGUGCUGCAGUGAAGCAAACCUGCCCACAGCUCCCAUUGGGUAUCCAGAUUCUGUGUUCUGCAAAUCAACAGGCUGUAGCAGUGGCUCUUGCUGCAGGUCUCGAUUUUAUCCGAGCUGAAGGGUUUGUUUUUUCUCAUGUUGCUGAUGAGGGGAUAAUAAAUGCCUGUGCAGGUGACCUGCUAAGAUACAGAAAACAAAUUGGAGCAGAGCACAUUCAGAUCUUUGCAGAUAUUAAAAAAAAACACAGUGCUCACGCUCUGACAGCAGAUGUCAGUGUAUCUGAGACUGCCAAGGCUGCUGAGCUCUUCCUUGCUGAUGGGAUUGUAUUGACUGGAACAGCCACUGGAAUGCCGGCAGAUCCUGAAGAACUGAAAGAGGUUGAACAAGCUGUGAAGAUUCCAGUGUUGAUUGGGUCUGGAGUCACUCUGGAGAAUGUGAGGAAUUACCUGGAUGCAAAUGCCUUAAUAAUUGGUUCGUAUUUCAAGAAAGCUGGUUACUGGGCAAAUACUGUUGAUCCUGACAGAGUAAAACAAUUUAUGGAUCACAUAAGUAAACUGAGAGAAUGAUUUUUUUCAGCAAAUAACAUUGCAUGUGUACAUGUGGAAUAUGAUAUACCAUGGACAACUAAUGCAUUCCAUGUGCACAUGAAAUGGAUAAUAUAAUAUUAAAUUUAAAAAAGCCUGUAAUCUACUUGGCUGGUCAGUAAGCCAGGUGGGACUUUAAAAUAAAUGAGCGUUCUGGAAUUUAUUUACAGAAGGCAUAUUUCUUUAUCCCUCAAUUCCAUGUGCCAAUACAAGGCUAAAACUGAAGGUUUGAAUAAUAUGUUCUUAACUGCAAUAUAAGAAUUUAGCUCAAAAAUCAACUUUAAUGUUAAUCGUAGGAUGAAAUGAGAUUUUUUUUUCAUGUAUAGAAUAUGAUUCUGUACACGGGACGCCCUAAGAUUACAGCCAACAGCACUGUAAAUUGGAUGAGAAAUUAUCUGUUUCCCCAUCUGUAAAAUGGCAGUGAUACUGUCACCUCACAGGGGUAAGAUAUACCGUGUAAAUGUUUGUAAAGCAUUGUCAUCUCUUCAAAUCAAAGGCUUUGUAAAAUUCUAGAACAUCAUACAUUUUUAGGAGAACAAUGUAUUUCUCAAAAUACAGUCGAAUUCUAUGCCAUAAUUAAGAGGUUCAAGAUUUUGGGAAAGUGAUUUACUCACAAUAUUUGCUGAAGAAUAAAAUGAAAAUAUUUAAUUGCA